UGAAGCAUUUUUUUUGGAGAGAGAAACUAGAGAGAGAGAGAGAGAGAGACCGAGAUCUGAUCCCAACCCCGAAGCCUCCCUUCUCCUUCUUCCUACUGCUGUUUCUUGUAAGCCCUAAACUCUUGUCUCUCUCUCUCUCUCUCUAUCUUCUUCUUUAUGCGUUUAGCCCUACGUCGUCGUUUCGUAGCCCUAAUUUUGAUUUGGGGGUAAAAUUAGGGCUUUUUUCGUCUUUAUUUUCUUGAUUUGGGGGAAAAAAUAAGGAAAAACCCUAGAAAUUUUGGAUCUUUGUGAGAGAGAGUUUCGUGGGAAUUAGGGUUUUUGUUUGAGGUACAUGUAUGGCUUCGGGGCCUAUUGUUGGAGAAGGUGAUGGAGCCAGAGAGAAGCAACCCAAGGUUUAUACUCGCAAAUCCAAACUCAACAAGAAUCUCAACAACGCCCAAACCAAUUCCACCACCACCACCACCACUACCGCCACCGCCCUAGCCGCCGCGACCUCCACCGCCGCUGCCGACUACGCCAAGAGUAACGGCGAGAAGAAGGACGGGGAGGCUAGGAAUGAUAAGAACGAGAAUUCGACGCAGGCUUCGGCGGAGGUAAUUGGUUUGGAGGAUGGGAAUUCAGCUCAGCCGCCGGCUGCGGUCUCCGAGGAUGGGAAUUCAGCUCCGCCGCCGGCUCCGGCGUCUGAGGAUGGGAAUUCUGCCCUGCCGCAACAGUCGCAGGCUCCGCUGCCCUCGGACGAUUCGUCGAGUUUGAACAGGCAGGAGCCUGUGGCUGCGGCGGCGGAGGCGGCACAGGCUGCUAAGGAUGCACCUGCAGAGAAUGGGGUUUCCAAACCAGAGACGGAUAACAGCCGAGUUAAGAUUAAUUUGGCUUCCAGGUCGAAGCAGCAGGUGCGUGAGCUUAGGAAGAAGCUUGAGAGUGAACUGAAUAUGGUUCGGGGUUUGGUGAAGAAGGUUGAGGCAAAGCAGGGGCAGAUUGGUGGGUUGAGUUACUCGCAUGAUGGGGUUAACAAUAAUGUCAGUAAACUGAGGCGAGUUCAUUCAGAGGUUGCUUCAGGUGGUGUUACUCCACGUGAGGUUACGAGGCCAUUUCAUCAGUUGAGUGUGUCAGUAUUGGAGAAUAGUCAGGGUGGGAUUGAUACUGUGGAGAAAGAGAAAAGAACCCCCAAGGCAAACCAGUUUUACCAGAGUUCGGAGUUUUUGCUGGCCAAGGAUAAGUUUCCACCUGCUGAAAGUAACAAGAAGACGAAGUUGAAUCUGAAGAAGAGCCACAGUGGAGGAGAGUUGCCGCACAAGUAUACAAUGGGCACCAAGUUUUUUAAGAGUUGUAGUUCUUUGCUUGAUAAACUGAUGAAACACAAGCAUAGUUGGGUGUUUAAUGAACCUGUGGAUGCCGAAAAGCUUGGAUUGCUCGAUUAUCACAUCAUUAUCAAGAGUCCAAUGGACUUGGGUACAAUCAAAUCCAAGCUGGUCAAGAAUUGGUACAAGUCCCCCAAAGAAUUUGCAGAAGAUGUGAGACUUACAUUCGACAAUGCUAUGACCUAUAAUCCGCCUGGGCAGGAUGUUCAUGUCAUGGCAGAACAGCUAUCCAAGAUUUUUGAGGAAAGGUGGGCUAUUAUAGAGUCGGAUUAUAAUCGUGAGAGACGGUUUGGAUAUGAUUAUGGGACUGCUCUCCUUACACAACCAAUACCAAGAAAGGCUCCUCCCCCACCCCCUCUUGAUAUGCGAAGGGUAUUGGAUAGGUCUGAGUCCAUGACACAUCUUGGUGAUUCCCGGCCAAAAUCCAUGACUAUUACUCCGAGGACCCCUGCUCCAAAGAAGCCUAAGGCGAAAGAUCCUCAUAAAAGGGACAUGACUUAUGAAGAGAAACAAAAGCUUAGCACAAGCCUCCAGGGUCUGCCUGCAGAUAAGCUUGAUACUAUUGUACGGAUUAUUAGGAAAAGGAAUUCGGCUGUCUUCCAGCACGAUGAUGAAAUUGAAGUGGAUAUUGAUAGCGUGGAUGCUGAGACCCUUUGGGAGCUUGAUAGGUAUGUUACCAACCACAAGAAGAGUUUAAGCAAACACAAGCGAAAAGCUGAACUUGCUAUGCAAGCCAGAAUGGAAACUGAGCAGAAUAACCUGCCGCAGGCCCAGGUCCCCAUUGUGAAUGAGGCUCCCAAAGAAACCGCAACAGAUCCAAAGAUCGUUUCAUCUUCAACACCAAUUCAAAGAGAUGACCAGGGUGAUAAUAGGAGUAGGUCGAGUAGUUCAAGCAGCUCUAGCAGUGAUUCUGGAUCUUCCUCGAGUGACUCUGAUAGUGAUAGUUCAUCAGACUCUGGAUCUGAUGCCGGGUCACCACGGACUUGACUACUUUUUUAUUUGUCUUUUUAAGAUCUCAGACUAGAGUAGAUGGUGAUUUUCUUCAUGGUGAUUGAAAGCUUCAGACUUUGAUUUGAAUCGACUUUUGUUGUAUAGUGGAAUUUCUAAGGGCCUUCAACCGUCCCUGCUAAUAUAGUGGGUCUGUAGUGUUAGGGUAGUUAGUUGCUGAGUGUCUACAUGGCCUCAUUAAUCUUGUCAGAAUUUGUAUAAUAUUGGCAGACCCGGUGAUGAUUAGACGCAGUUGGUCUGUUUCAAUAGCAGUGUACAUUUCUAAGUGCUGCUACUCAUCUAGGUUUCAGCGACAUGUUUUUAGUUUUGUGCCGGCAGAUUCAGGAUGCUUUAGUGCUACGCAAGGGUUAGUCUGUAAUUCAGGUUCAGCAAGUCUAAAAUGAUUCAUAUUAAUUUAAUGUGUUUGCAUG